CAGCAUUCUAAUCCCGUAGUUAUCCCAAGGUUUCUUCCAAUAAAUCGGCUAUCUACUCUUUCCCCAUUCUUUCCUUCUCCAGAGAGGAACAUUUCUCGUCUAUCUUCCGGACCACCCCAAACCCCCUCCUCCCCCCCCCCCGAGCCUCGGCGGACAGAAUAUAUCCCUCAACAGCAGAGCGUGAACUGUGCGCGAUGGACCCGCUCGACUUCACCCAGCCUAUCCCCCUCUCGCUCGCGGACCUGGACCACGGGGUCUAUCUGAACCACGUUCCCUUUCCCGCGGACGACGAAUUCGGCUAUCUGGCCGACGACGGGGCCCCGGGUUCUACCGCAGGCUUGAACGAUGAUGCCGGCAUACUCAGCAUCGCGUCCCCGGCCGGUAGGACGGCCAAGGGCAGCAGCAACAGCGGUCAGAGGCAGAGGUCCGAGCGACGGGGCCACACCAAGAGCCGCCGCGGGUGCUACAACUGCAAGAGACGACGCAUCAAGUGUCAAGAGACCCGGCCUGCUUGCGGCCACUGCGUGAAGACGGGACUGAAUUGUGAAUACCCAGCAGUCCCCCAAGUCGUACAUCAACCGCAACACCAAGUGCCCCUCUUCAGCCUGCAGGACAUGCGCUUCUUUCAGCACUUCCUGCUGACCUGCUUCCCGCACCACCCGCUGGGCAACGACUCCAUCUGGACCCACGAGAUUCCGUGUCUCUCGCAAGACUACGAAUUCCUCAUGCACGCAAUCCUCGGCCUCGCCGCGUCCGACUUGAUCAAGCAGGACCCCAACCUGCUCACCUUCGCGAUGAUGCACCGGCUCAAGGCGAUCAAAGCGAUCAAGAAGACACUGAACGAGGUGCCCAAGACUAACACCUUCGAAGAAGGGAACGCCCUAUUGGCGACGUGCUUUGCACUCAUGUUCCAGUCUGUGAUUCUCGAGGACGGGAUGCCCGAGUUCAUGACGUUUUGCCGGGGCAUCGCCCUGGUGGCGCUGCAGAUGGGGUACAAGGGCACGCGGCUGCUCUUCCGCAACUUUGGCGACCAGGACCGCCUCGACAUGCUGCGCCCUCACAUGGAGGCCGUCCCGCUUAUCCGCCGCGACUGGGUCGACGCCGCCGCCGCCUCCGUUCGCGCUCUCGCUCCUCUCUGCUACGCUGGCCCCGUCGAGGCCGAGUACCACCGCCUCACCCUUGCCAUCACUGAGGCCAUGUAUGCCUCCUCCUUCUUAGCGUAUGAGAGCCUGUGCCGCCACUACGGGUGGUGGAUGCAACUGCCCCACGAGCAGUUCCAGCGGCUCAUCGACCCAGAUUCGCAGGUAUUUACGCUGCUUGCGACGCACUGGAUCGCCGUCAAGCAGGUGAUGGCCCCCGUCACCACUAUGGAGUACCGUGUGCGCUCGCAGGAGCCGCUGCGCCUUGCACCCGACAGCGAUAAAGGCGUGGGAGGCGACGGCGGCGGCGGCGGUGGUGGUGAGGGCGAGGGUGAGGGAAGUGGCGUGGAGAGUGCCGGUUACGGUACUGGUGCGGGAGCAGAUCUCGGCAUGGGCCGCUGGCUUAGGUACCUUAACCGCCAGGUUGACGCAGAGCAUAGUCACUACAACGCGUGGCCACGGUGGGUUGAGGCGCAGCUCGAGAGGGACUACGGGUUCUUUGGGAGGUCGGGGUAGUUGAGCAGGACCUCAGCGAGGGUAUUUUGCCGCGUCGCGCGGGUAGUGGUUAAGAAAGGCUUGUUUUUCGUACGGUAGCUUUGAAGAGGGAUAGCGUGCGGCCGGUUGAACUGUUUGAAGAAACAAAGCCCCUGGUGGUUGAAUACCAUACCACUCACGAAGCUAUAUAUAUAAUUCUCUUCUAGCGAAAGUCUGUAGUUAAUCGCACCAUAAGCAAGAGGCCCGGAGACCUCCGGUUACAUGUAUUCACACGCUGAGCACAGCGAUAAUAGUAUCCUCCAUAUCUCACUCCUGUCAUCACGAAAUGAUCAGACAGCGACGAAAGUGGCCAGGUACGGCUUUUGGGCGAGGCAUUAUUACCCCGUAUAUCCGACUAUUCCGAC